ACUGCUAUUAAUAAGUUGAGCACAGUUUUACUUCUCUUUUCCACAAGUGGAAGACAAGAGCCGACACAACCAUUCUCCGUUUUGCUGUUGCUACCAAAUCUGCUUUUUUCUGAGCAGUUAGCCGCCGGAUUCCCGUCUCUGAUUACUCCUAAAUUUCUGGGUGUAUUGUCUUCACUAUGACGAGUUUUACCGAACUUGUUUCAGCGCCGAUGAUAUUUUCAAUCGGAACUCUGGUUUUUCACCCACUGUUAACAAACCCUUUGCGUUUUACCACUUAUUUGAAGGUAGAUUGUAAUGGGUUCACCCUUGAAGCACAUGGAGUCCCUGAAUCUUUUUCAAACUGUGCGUUGCCAAAAGAGCUUGAUGCUGGAGAACUGAAAAUUCUUCGAACAGCUUGCACAAAGAGUGGUUGACUACUCUGUAUUAAGAACUUGGUUACUAGUAUUGGAGCUUAAACGAUUAGAGAAUGAGUUUCACAAGAAGAGUUGACGACUUUCUGGAUAAGCCUUUAGAAGGGAUAGGACCUGGUGGAGGUUUGGCCAGUGAGAAAGGUCAGAAGGAGAAAAGUGAAGGCAAAGGCUACUGCAUCCCUGGGUGAAUUAGGGUCAAACAGCGGUUGUUGCCAUGGCUGGUUCAAGAGGAGGUAAACACUCAAAGAGCAAAGGAAAAACUAAGUCAAAGAAGUCUGAUGCAAUCAACAAGAAGCCUGAAGCAUUCAGUUCUAGUCUUGAUUUGGCUCAAAUGUCGAACAAGAAUCAUGGUGGACUGCAGGAUUCCAAGGACAAGAAUCCUCAGCCAAAUGUAAGUUCUGCAUCAAACACAAACAGGUUCAAAUAUACAGAAGAUGAGCUGGAGGAAUUUCUUUAUUCCAAGCUUGAAGUGUUAUAUAAUGAAGCCAGAGAUUGGCUGUUGAAAUUAGGAUAUUGUAUGCCAGAAGUAGAAAAGGCAUUCCUAAGUGCUGGGUACAUUCAUGGUCCAAUGGAUCUUCUGAACAACAUUUUGGCAAAUACAAUUGCUUUCCUUGAAAAAAAGUUUGAGCCAAAAAUGGAACCUUUCAACGACAUGGAUGAGUUAUAUGAGUCCGUGCACGAAACUCUGGUAGAUUCUGUCAUGGAAAUGCACCUGGGCAUGCGAAGGUCCGAUGCCAUCUGGCAUCUUUUAAUCAGGAACUGGGGUCAUGUUCCAUCAACCACCAUAACUUCUCAUCUGCAGAGUGGGAAUCAGAAUAUGAAUAGCAUGUUGGUUCAUGGGUCUUCUGGCAGUAGUAGUCACAAUAAAAAUGAAGAUGCUGGUGCGCUUGGUUCAUCUUCUGUUUCCAAGAAAGUUACAUCUGAAUCGGAUACUGGUUCAUCACUGAACAAGGUUGGGAUCUUGGAAAGGAUCAAUCUGACACCAGCAUUUGCAUCUCAUUUUAGACGGGAUGUCAUUUUCCUUAUGGCUGCUGUACAGAGAGAAAUUGGGGGGCAGGCUGUUCCAACUGCCAGUGAAAAACCAAUAGAAAUUUCUGAUAUUUUGAGUCCUGAGUUCCUUACAUCCAUAACAGACUGCACCUAUGAGGUUUGUUCUGAUGAUCCAAGAACUGCUGUGAUAGCUGACCUGGUAAAAAGUAUCAGGGACCUUCAGGAAGAAGUGAAAGGGCAAAAGGAAUGGGCUCACCGGAAAGUGGUAGAUUCCGCGAAAAGGUUAAGUAAAGAUUUGCUGGAACUUAAGAUGUUAAGGAUGGAGAAAUUGGAUAAGGAAAAAAGGAAAAAUGACAAAAUCCAUGCUGAAAAGUCAUGCGUAUUGAGGCUUAUGGAGACAGAACAGUCCCUGCGAAAAGUGAAUCUUGAAGUAAGCUUCAUGACUGAGACUGUGAGAAGGCUGGAAACUAAAAAUUCCCAAAUUAGAGCAGAUAUUCAAGCACUUAAGUUGAACGCUUCAGAGUCUAACAGAGAGAUGAAAGAAGUUCUGACGAGAGAAAGGAGAUGCAUGAAAAAGCUUGCUGAUUUUGGGAAGCAGACCAGCAUAUUUCGAUCACAGUGUGAGGAAGAGAAGCAGAGGCUGCUGCAGCUGGAACUAGAGUUGCUUGAAGUAGAGAAAGAAGCUGCAGAAGCUGAGCAGAUGAAAUGGAAGCAGGAAAUUAAGGAAAAAGAGCAUAUGGUUGCCGUGCUGGCUGAAGAAACUAGAAAGGUGCAGAUUCAUAAAGCUGAGUCAAGAGCCCAGUUGUUAAAGCUGCGCAAGAAAGUGGAGAUAGACAGUCGGCUAGCAAGGGAUGACCGUAAAAGACUUGAAGAUGAGCUCUCUCGUCUCCGCAUGUCUUGUCAAAUGCCAGAUAUGUUACUGGAGGAUGACAGUUUCUGGAGCAACAUCACUGAAGCAACGGCAUCAUCAUCUACUGCUCCAUAUGGAUCUUCUCAAGAAACCUCCAGGCACUGGAACUGCAUGCUUUGCUUGCAGAAUGAAGUGUCUGUGGUGUUCUUACCUUGCACACACCAAGUCAUUUGUUUUCCUUGUUAUGAAAGGAACUUCAAAACAGUGGGUGGCCUGUGUCCAUAUUGUCAGGUAAAAAUUGAAGAGAGCAUCAGAGUUUAUGGUCCAAGCUCCUAAAUUUGUCUAGCAUUGCAGUUUAUCACGUGCAGGAGACGAAACAAGGAUGCUAGUUGAUGUUUCAGAUUAGAUGGUGAGGAUGCUGGAAAAGAUGAGGUGGAACGAAUAUGUCCUCACGUGGUACCGUUCCUUAUGUGGAAAGCUAUGUAACGGUGUUUGUGUUAAAGGAUCCUUUAGGAAAACUGUGUGUUCAGUUCAUGGGGAUUGUUGUUUAAUCUGUUAAAAAGACCUCAGACGUCUUAACUUUGUUUGGUUAUUUCUGCUGUUAGUGUGUGGAUUGUAAUGAAUUAUGACUUGAUGUGGUGACUUCUUUGAAAAACUGCAUAAGGUUUUAUGGGUCUCUGUUAGUAUGUGAGUUUAGAACUUGGAACUCAUGCAUUCACCACUCAGGAGAUCCACGUACUGGUCCGGCAGCUUAAAAUUUCAGUUCUUGGUAGGCACCUUAUGACUAUGCCCUGUGGCUUUUGUGUUUUGUAUUCAUAUUUUAAAACCCGAGACUAUUAACUAUUUUGUACUAUCUUUGUGACC